CUGAACGUUUUAAGGUGGAAUAACAUUAGCAUCAAAAGUCGGCAGCAGUUUGAGAUUAUACUUAGCAUCGAUCGGAUCACCAUCACAGAAUUAUUAAAGAUCGUCAGGUAAUCAAAACUGAACUCAUGGCUGUCAAAUUUGUCUUUGUUCUAACAGUUUUUCUCCUAAAAAACUAUAUAAAUGCCCAAGAAGAAGAAGAUGAUUUGAUGGCUAUUAUCAAGUCGACUUUUAAAAUUGGACCAGACAAAGACCCAUUGGAUUUCUUAGUGCCAACUUCUGCUCCAGUUAUUGAUAGUGAAAUAAAAUCUUCUGGUCAAUCGUGUGGCUUGGGAAAACAAUGUGUCCGAGAGUAUCUCUGUUCGAAUGGCAACGUAAAAAAGUUUGGCGAUGUAAAACUCUUUAAUCUUCGCCUCGGCGAAGAUGCAGAAAAUGAAUGUCCAUUCUUGUAUAAGUGCUGCUCAGUUGAAGACACUGUUAGUGAACCUAUUAUUCGACCAACAAAAAUUGCAUCUGGUUGUGGUCGUAGAAAUACAGAUGGCGUUGGUUUUGCUAUCGAAGGAGCUAUGCAUAAUGAAGCCGAGUUUGGAGAGUUUCCAUGGAUGUUGGCUAUUUUAAGAGGCAGAAAUAACAAGGAUGAUAGGCGUGAAAUAUAUCAAUGUGGUGGAUCUUUGAUUCAUCCGCAAGUAGCUUUGACCACCGCUCAUUGUGUUUACGGCCACGAGCCAUCAGCAUUUGUAGUUCGAGCUGGUGAAUGGGAAACUAACUCUAAAGCCGAACCGUUUCCUGACGUAAACCUAAACGUUCAGGAGAUUGUUAUUCAUCCCAAUUACAACAUCGACAAUUUACACAACGAUAUUGCUUUGCUUUUUCUAGUUUCACCAUUUGAACUUGCUGCACACAUCAAUACUGUGUGUCUGCCACCAGCUGGUUUUAUGUUUGAUUUUGAAAAAUGUUUUGCCACCGGUUGGGGCAAGGAUAAAUUCGAGAAUGGAAAGUAUCAGAAUAUUUUGAAAAAAAUUGAUUUACCAGUUGUUCCGAGCUUUGUGUGCCAAGAUAAUUUGAGAAAAACUCGCUUGGGGAUGUUUUUUGAGCUGGAUAAGAGCUUUUUAUGUGCUGGGGGUGAGAGUGGCAAGGACACAUGCGAAGGUGAUGGUGGUUCACCAUUAUCAUGUCCAAUAAAAAACAGUGAUGAUCGGUUUUAUCAGGCUGGUAUUGUUGCUUGGGGAAUUGGUUGUGGCAAAGAAAAUGUUCCUGGAGUUUAUGUGAAUGUGUCAAAUUUUCGUGAAUGGAUUGAUCAAGAACUUGCUGUGAAACAUUUGGCUGUAGGGAAUACGAAAGACGAGUUUAAUGUACGUAGUGGGUAGACAAAACGAAUAAAAACACUCAUGCAGCUUUUUGAAAAUAAAUAUUUUUUUACCUCCUGAUAUACAACCUA